CUUCCAUUUACGGUUCGCGCGAUCAUUUCUAACGAACGACCAUGGACGAUUCUCUUUAUGAUGAGUUUGGCAAUUAUAUCGGUCCCGAUAUUGAGGACGAAGACGAGGACCUGGAAUUAGACGAAACCGAAGAGUACGUCGAACCUGUGCAGCCUACAGUAUCCCACUAUGAAAGCGGCGAAGAGGAGGAAGAGGUCGUCGACGAAUCGGCCUUGAUGCAAGUGGAUGAUAUUCCCGCCAAUCAGAUCGUUUUGCACGAAGACAAGAAAUAUUACCCUUCUGCCGAAGAAGUCUAUGGCCCUGACGUCGAAGCCAUGGUCCAAGAAGAAGACACUCAACCGUUGACCGAACCUAUCAUCGCCCCCAUCAAGGUGCGAAAGUUCCAUGUCACUGAAAAGGAUUUGCCAGAGACACGAUUCAGCAAAGAAUUUUUGAUGGAUCUCAUGACGUUCCCUAAUCUCGUUCGUAACAUUGCUGUGGUUGGCCAUCUUCAUCACGGCAAAACUUCGUUUCUCGAUAUGCUCGUAUCCGAAACCCACGACAUUCCUAUCAACGUAGAUCAACCUGAACGUUAUACGGAUACACAUACUUUGGAAAGAGAGCGUGGUGUUAGUAUUAAGAGCAUGCCAAUGACCAUGGUGAUGCAGGAUCUUAACGACAAGUCCUAUGUCUUGAACGUUCUCGAUACGCCAGGACAUACCAACUUUAUCGAUGAAGUUGUGGCAGCUACGCGUUUGGCAGAUGGUGUUGCUUUGAUUGUCGAUGUUGUAGAGGGAGUGAUGGUGAACACAGAACAGAUCAUCAAGCACUGCAUUCGUGAAAAAUUGGCAAUGACUCUGGUGAUCAACAAGAUGGACCGCCUUAUUCUUGAACUCAAGUUACCCCCGGCUGAUGCUUACUUCAAAUUGCGAUAUGCCAUUGAAGAGGUGAACAGCAUUAUCAGAUCGACCCCUGGCGGUGAAAACAUCCGACUGUCCCCCGAACUUGGCAACGUGUGUUUCGCAUCGACCCAAUACGGCUGGUGCUUCUCUUUGAAAUCAUUCAGCAAUCUUUACGCGGAUUCCUAUGAGGAAGAAAUAGAUGUUGAUGAAUUUGCAAAACGUCUUUGGGGUGAUAUCUUUUACAAUCCUGAACGUGGCAGUUUCCACCGCAAAUCGCAAGGGCCCGAUAGCCGACGUACUUUUGUCCACUUUAUCUUGGAUCCUCUUUACAAGGUCUAUUCUCACGUCAUGAGUGAAGACACUGCGGGAUUGAAAAAGACGUUGCGACAUCUUGGCAUUUAUUUGAAGGAAAAGGAUUUUGCUUUGAAUAUGAAGCCUUUGUUACGUCUCGUUUUAGCGCAAUUUUUCGGUCCCUCAUCCAGUUUUGUGGAUAUGACAGUCAAACAUAUUCCGUCACCCGCCGAAAACGCUGUCAACAAAGUUCAACAUAUCUAUACAGGUCCUUUGGACACCAAGGUGGCUAGAGCUAUGCAAGAAUGCGAUGCUGACGGUCCUUUGAUGAUCCAAGUUACCAAAUUGUACAAUAACGAUGAUGCCAGCGAGUUCCGCGCUUUCGGACGUGUAUUUAGCGGUAGUGUCAAGUCUGGUCAGAUGGUCCGUGUGCUUGGUGAAAAUUACUCGGUGGAUGACGAAGAAGAUAUGAUGAUGCAAAAAGUAUCCAAUGUCUGGAUCCAUGAAUCAAGAUAUCAAAUCGAAGUGGAUGGCGUCCCCGCUGGUGGCUGGGUGUUAUUGGGCGGUGUGGACAGUUCAAUUAUCAAGACAGCUACAAUUGUGGAUCAAAAAUCACCUGAAGAUGCCUACAUUUUCCGACCUUUACAUUUCCCUACAGCUGCCACUUUGAAGGUAGCCAUCGAACCAGUGAACCCCUCUGAAUUACCGAAAAUGCUCGAUGGUUUACGAAAGAUCAAUAAGAGCUAUCCAAUUGUCACCACAAAGGUUGAAGAGUCGGGUGAACACAUUUUACUGGGAACAGGUGAACUGUAUCUGGAUUGUGUACUUCACGAUCUCCGUCGUAUGUAUGCCGAAAUCGAACUCAAGGUCGCCGAUGCUGUUGUCCGCUUCUGUGAAACUGUCGUUGAAACUUCUGCCCUGAAAUGCUUUGCUGAAACUCCCAAUAAGAAAAACAAAUUGACGUUUAUUGCGGAACCGUUAGAAAAAGGACUUGCAGAAGAGAUUGAAGGCGGCCGCGUGAGUAUUCACUGGCCUGCAAAGCAACUUGGAAGUUACUUGCAAGAAAAACAUGGUUGGGAUGUUCUUGCUGCACGAUCCAUAUGGGCUUUCGGUCCCGAUGAUAUGGGUCCUAAUGUCCUGGUGGAUGAUACCUUACCAUCGGAAGUGGACAAGAAGUUGUUGCACUCUGUAAAGGAUUCUAUUCGACAGGGUUUCCAAUGGGGUGCACGUGAAGGACCUCUGUGUGAUGAACCCAUCCGCAAUGUGAAAUUCAAGAUUUUGGACGCUGUUUUAUCAAACGAGCCCAUUUAUAGAGGCGGCGGUCAAAUUAUCCCCACUGCUCGCCGUGUAUGUUACUCAUCUUUCCUCACUGCAACACCGCGUUUGAUGGAACCUGUAUACUACGUAGAGAUCCAAGCACCGGCAGAUUGUGUAUCAGCUGUAUAUGCCGUGCUCCAACGAAGAAGAGGUCAUGUUACACAGGAUAUCCCGAAACCCGGAUCUCCACUGUACACUGUCAAGGCGUAUAUCCCCGUGAUUGAUUCAUGCGGUUUUGAAACAGAUUUGCGAACACAUACUCAGGGUCAAGCUUUCUGUCAACAAAUCUUUGAUCAUUGGCAGAUUGUGCCAGGUGAUCCUUUGGACACCAGUAUUGUAUUAAGACCUUUGGAAGCUAGCCCAGCACAGCAUCUGGCAAGAGACUUUAUGGUGAAGACAAGAAGACGAAAGGGUUUAUCGGAAGAUGUCAGUAUAAACAAAUAUUUCGAUGAUCCAAUGCUGUUAGCUUUGGCACAAAGUGAUGUUUUAGGAGGAACGUACACCGCACAGUAACUAAAAAAGAAAAGAGAAAAGAGGGUAUACUACAAAUAAAAUAAAAUACAACAUGUUGUUCUCAUUCUUAUUUCACUUGGUAUGCGAAUCCAUUAUCAUCGUUUGUUGAAGAACACACUCACUGUUUCAU